CUCUGCCUGUCAGAGUACCAGCCAGCUUGCUCAGUAACCGAGGUAGGCAGGGCGAGCGAGAGGAACAGACAGACAAACACGUGCCCCUUCAUUUUUUCAUGGCACAGCCAUCGCGAACCGCGGUGCUGGGACUGUACAAGGGGCUACGGCGCCAGGGGGCGCUGCUGAUGGACUACAACUACAGGGAGUACGCUUUGAGGAGGGCGAGAAGAGGGUUCGAGUUAGCUAGAGGGUUUGCACCGGAGGAGGCGGAGGCAGCCUUCAAGAAGGGGCAGCGAGAGCUCGAGAUCGUGAGGAGACAAGCGGCGAUCAGCCAGCUCUACCCCCACCAGAUAUCGGUGAUGGAAACAAUGACACCGCCGUAGCCUCCUUGCUCCCAAAGGGGACAAAGAAAUUCGACCCACAAUGCGGAGCCUCUCCUUGGGCUGGGCGGGCCGGGCAGCCAUGCUACACGUGUUCACCUAAGCUAGCCUGGAGAAUGCCCAUGUCCAAAUACAUUGGGAGACCCUCAGCCACAGGCGUCUUGGCCUGAUGGAGCUUCAGUUGCAACUUCGUCGAGCUUCAGGCUCAUGUUUUUGCAGCUCUUGUUUUGGAGGGCCCGGAUUCCAUACAGCAGUACUUCUCUCGUACACGGAUGAACGUAGGGAUGUUUGUUCUUUUCAGCGAACACGAAAGGGGCAGGAAACUAUUGCUGGGGAGGGAGGGAGGGGUUGCCCGAUGAUAGGGUUCGUUUUCGAUAUCUUGGUGUUCCUUUAUGUAGGCAGACGCACAUGUAGCUGGCGCUCUGCUGCAGUAGGCCCGCUGCCAUUUUGGGGGGGGAAAUCAUGGUUCGCUUGCCAGUGACACUGCGAUACAUCCCAACAAAUCGAAUCUCACAUUUACAUUUCUGUGUAAUCUGAUCCCAACUAGAACUAAGAACAACAGUAAGGACGUACCCUACGAACCGGAGAGGGAGCCUGAUUUGUGGCGGCACCGCUGCUUCAUGUCUUUUUCACCCGGAUAUCCUCGUGUUGGGCCAAGCAUUAAGCGUCGUUCGAACGAUGCCGUUGGAUAGGUACCCAAGGCACGAACAACGGAAUCCCCCUUCAUUUCACAGGAAGGGGUUUGUUUUGUCUCCCAUCAUUGGGCUCUGUCGUCUGCCCCUCUGGCCC